CUUUGACAUCAGCGCAAUCCUCGUGUUCAAGCUCCCAUCUCACCAUGUACGCAUUCUCGACACUGAUUUCGAGGCAGCGUUACCGCUCAUUCACACAGCUUGCUUUGUCGCUCUCUAUCUCUGGCACAUCCCUCAAUGAUGUGUUAUUGCAUCCUCUCACCUCUUGCAUCCCCUCGUACGCCGGCGCCAUGGCCCUUCCCGACUACUCUACAUGUGAGGACUCAUAUAUUCAAUCAAACUACUGCUGAUCUUCUACCUCCGGAGCAGCGUAUUCCGGUUACUAUUUUACACUCAUCGAUCACGCUGCUGAGCUUUGAUACUUAUAAUCCAGCAGUUUAGCUGGAAGUGUUUCAACUUAUCUGGUUAAAACCCAUUAGUGCUUGGGUUUAAUUUCUGAGCCUUGGGAAUCUUUUGCGCAGCCGAAUUUUUCUUGCUGACGAUCGCGCAUUGAAUCUAGGGGGUAUAGCUCAUUGUUUAUAGAACAAGGGCUUGCUCCCACCAAACACGAGUGGGAUCCUCACGAAGGUGCGACAAUUAGACGGAAAGCCGGACUCGACUCAGGCGAGGAGGGAGAAAAUCAGUAACCGGAUGAAGUUCGUACAAGAGAGAGCUUUUUUCUUGCUGCGUUAAAAUUCCCCCAUCGAGUUACUUGAUGCACGUUUGUGCUGUCGUGAACUAGCAGUGGGAAGAAAGUGAAGAAGAAGGAGCAACCUCCAAAGCAAGGUUUCAUUCAUGUUCGCGCCAGGAGAGGCCAAGCUACAGACGGCCAUAGUCUCGCUGAAAGAGUCAGCCAUUCUGCCUACGAAACCCCACAAUUUACAUGAUGUCCGCUUGGGUGGAGGCGAGGAGGGAGAAAAUCAGUAACCGGAUGAAGUUCUUACAGGCCCUUGUGCCAGGUUGCAGCGAGGUCACCGGAAAGGCAGUCAUGUUGGAAGAAAUCAUCAACUACGUGAAAUCGCUGCAGCGUCAAAUUGAGUUCCUGUCGAUGAAGCUGGCAGCUGUGGAUCCCAGGGUAGACACCAAUGUGGAGGGUUUGCUAAAAAUGGAGGUAUGUGCAGUGCGCUAGGUGAGCUAAAUCUUCAGGUAGCCUCAGCCUUCACUGAAAGAUUUUUGGAUCCUCUCACCAAGGUAAGGCAUCAUCUUUGAUCCAUUUGCAGUCCAGCAUACCGAAUUAGGUCAUGAUCAUUGAUCACGUUUGGAUUGGGGUUCGUUUCACUCUUAUGAAGACAUGGCCCCAAAUGCAACAAAAGCUGAGGAUGGAGGAACGAGCUUUCCAUGGAGACGCUGAAUGGAGUCUGCCAUGAAGACGUCCAUACCACACUGGCGAUAGGCUAUGCUCAAGCCAGACAACGUCUUUUCCAGCCAAGAUUUUCACGUGCAGGACCAGGGCUGUUGCCAACAUGAAACCUGAAGGCGGAGCACUGGACAGGCAAGAAUGCCAGAUGUUCGGCGGUUCAGUCACUACAUACCAUGCAAUAUCAAGUUGAAGAAGAGAUAGCUCUGCUGACAUCCGACCCUUCAGAGUUAUACAAGUUGAAGUCCAGCAACAUCACCUCAGCGAAGGUCCUACUCACAAGUGAGGCAACCAUGAAAUAGGUUUCUUCCAACCAGCCUUGCUCCCCGCAGCAUGAAGUGGUGGGGGAGGUGGGAAAGUAUCCAAUUCGAUCAGGAAAGAGAUCGAGACUCAGCUCCUGUAAGAUUCUACCCUCCUAGUUCAAUCCGUCUGCGUCAACAGGUACUGUAUCAAGGUUCUUACUUCUUAUGAACCUGCUCAUGGAAUUCGAGCAGCAGAGGAGAGAUUCUUUCUCUCUCGAUCGAACUUACGACCUUGUAGUAUUUGCUAGAAGAUGGAGCUGAACUGGACACCGUUUCAAUAUCAGUGACCAUCGACACCAGAUUCCAGUUUGCGGUGUCUACUGAAUAGUGAGAGAUGGAAUGUGAAGGAAUUUGUAUGGCGAUUCUUCCCACGAUUUUGUAGUUUUAUUUUGAUUUUCAUCCUUUUUCUGGAGCUUAUGACUGUGCCUCAGGAAUACUAGCUCAGAUUUACAGAUUGACACCUCUUUUUAUAGAAAUGAGGUUGUGGGUUAUGAACAGCUGAUUGGUUGCAAUGGUUGUCACAUUGCAAACCACGCGAUUGGUGAUGGUGGUAUGAACAGUGUAUUGACAACAGUGCUUCCGAAGUUAGGAAGAAGACAAAAUGUAACAAUAUCGUUAUACCUUCAAAAAUAACAAUAUAGUAUUAUUUUGGAUUCAUUGUGA